AUGGCGGACGAGGUUGUUCUUUUGGACUUCUGGUCAAGCAUGUUUGGGAUGAGGGUGAGAGUUGCGCUGGCUGAGAAGGGUGUCAAGUAUGAGUACAGAGAGGAGGAUUUGCUCAACAACAAGAGCCCACUACUUCUGCAGAUGAACCCGGUUCACAAGAAAAUCCCGGUUCUCAUCCACAACGGCAAACCGGUCUGUGAGUCAGCCAACAUUGUGCAAUACAUUGAUGAGGUUUGGAAGGACAAAGCUCCUUUGCUUCCCUCUGAUCCUUACCAGAGAGCUCAGGCCAGGUUUUGGGUUGAUUACAUUGAUAAGAAUUUAUACGAGGUUGGGAAGAAUAUAUGCGCCACAGAAGGAGAAGAACAAGAGGCAGCCAAGAAGAAAUUGAUUGAAAUCCUUAAGCUGUUGGAAGGGCAGCUUGGAGACAAUACUUAUUUUGGGGGUGAGAUAUUUGGGUUCUUGGACGUUGCCCUAGUCACAUUCUACUGCCGGUUUUUUUCGUAUGAGACAUAUGGGAACUUUAGCAUAGAGGCAGCGUGCCCUAAACUGAUUGAAUGGGCCAAGAGGUGCAUGCAGAAGGAGAGUGUGGCCAAAUCUCUUGCUGACCCAAAAAAGGUGUAUGAGUUUACUCUUCUGCUGAAGAAGAGAUUUGGUAAGGAACACAGCAAGAAAAAUUGA